AUGGCCGCGGACGACUCGUACACGGCAGCUGACGAGCGCGCCCGUGCCGCCCGGAGGGCGGGCAUCCAGGCGAAGAAGGACGAACAGCCGGCGAACACGACGCGGAGUUACGCGGCGAAGCAGCGGGAGUGGAAGGCCUGGUGCCAUACGCCUCGGGCUGCAGCAGACGGCUCGCUCUAUAGCUGGCCCGACGGCGAGCUCGUAACGCCGGACAAGCUGGCGGCGUGGCUCAAAGAGGAUAUCCUGUUACGACGCGUUGUGCCGCCGCAGAAGAAGCCGCGCGCGCGGGAGCAGCUCGAGGCCGCGGCCAUGGCAGAGGCCGAAAGCCUGGCCGAAGCUUUGGAGGUCCCCCUGGCCGAGGCCGCCGAGCUGCUCGCUGACGACCGCGAGGGCUACGUGCCACCCACAGGCCUCGCGACGGCUGCAGUAGACCUUACCGAAGGACCGCGGAAGCGACGGGAUCCAGGCCGGCUACCUCCCGAUGAAUGGCUUCGGAUCCAGGAUCUCCUUCUCACUGGCGCCGCGUAUACGCCGCAAAACCUCCGUACGCGAGUCGACCUCCUCUUCGGCCACUACUACCUCUUACGGGGGGAGAACCGGCGCAAGAUGGAGCUUGCAGACCUAUCCCUACUCGACUAUCCGCCUUCGGAGGCCCGACCCCUGUGGUUGCCUGCUACAAGAGACCUGGCGUAUCUUCGGCGCCGUCAGGACUGGUAUCGGAUCAAGGUCCUCGUCGGGCGGGACCGCGAGCAGGAGCUCUCGUACCCGACGCAGCUACAAGAGACCUGGCGUAUCUUCGGCGCUGCCGGCCUUAUCGCGUCGAAGAAGACGCACCUCCCGCGCAGGGUGGGCGCCCAGGACGCGGAGACCCAUGGCACGUCGCUCGCCCAGAUCUCGCAGGCCGGCCGCUGGAACCAGAGCGUGCUCUGCCAGGCAUAUCUUACGCACCUACCGCGGCAGUUCAUGCGUAUCGUCGCCGGCUUCUCGGCCUCCCGGGGACUACUUCCUCGCGCGUGCGGCUCACGAACCCCGCGCGGGCGCGCCGGCAAUGCUGGGCAGAAGGCGGUCUCGACGACGACGACCCAGCCGCUGACGGCUUCCUUGCUUAUGCGGCGCCUGCGUAUAGUACUUCUGCAGGACCUGGCCGUCCUACAGCUCCGCUACCCGUCGCUACCGUUCUUCGCCUACGCCCCUUUUGGCGGGCCCGAGUGGGACGAGUUCGCCGUCGCCGUGCGGUCCACCGCGGUAGGGGCUAUGGAGCCGAAUAGUCAGCGGCUCGCCAUCCGGCUUGAGGCCCGGCUGGACGGGAUUCAGGGCGGCCUCGAUGCCCUCCUCCAAGGCAAGGUCCCUAUUGUCACGACCCUGCGCGCCAGCGUAGAGACACCAGCGCAGAACGUCACCAGUACUCCGACCACCGACCAAGUGAUCCUCAAGGCUGAGAUCACGAAGAAGGACGAGUUCCAUUCCUUCAUCCUGAGCAUAAAGAACAAAUUUGACGAAGACGUACGAACCUUCCGGACUGAGAACAGCCGGAUGGUCUGUCUGUAUAACCUGCUCGAGGAAAAGCCCGCCGAGCACUUGAAACCCGCUUCUCCUCUGACACUCGACCCUUCUUCUGAGUCCGCCUAUGGCAAUCCGAAUGAGCUUUCCGAGGCUCUUGACCGCCUGCAACGCCUCCAGUUUACCGUGAAUGGGAAGACCGACAUUGUGGACUUUCUUGCGGAAUUUGACUACUUAACUGCGACCGGUCGUGUGCCCGAGGACCAGAUGAAGCAUACCUUGUGGCAGCACAUCCCGGCCAACCUAGAUAACAGCCUCUUGACCAAGACCCGUGACGAGUCCGUGACCUACGAGGUUUUCUGUGGGUUCAUUAAAGACGCUGUCCACUGCCAGAAGAGGAGUAUGAGGCAGACACAGGACUCCCGCUCUUCCGACCGAUCUCGCCGCGCGCCGACUAAGACUGCUCCGACUACCGCCAAGACUCCGAACAAGACCGGCUCGACCCCUAUCACCUCGCGUGAUGCUGGCAGAGCCUUGACCGACGAUGAGAAAAGGUCCGCCGCCCAAAGACUCGGAGCCCAGAUUAAGGAGCUCCCGAGUCGGAUUCCCCUCCAAGACUUCCGUGGAAAGCCAGCCGGCUAUAUCCAGAAACAGCUGGUCGCCACUUUCGUCAUCGAUGGCCGUUCGUUCGCAAACGAGACAUUUGAUAUAGCUGAGUGUGGCCAUGAUAUCUUUAUCGGUCUUUUCUGGAUGCGGGAGAAGCGCCUCCUACUUGACUGCGCCGCCCGACAGAUCAUCUGGCCAGAUGAUCUUCCUGCCCUCGCCAAGUUCUCCCCGACGAUCCAGCUCUCUCGUCAAGCCCCGCUCUCGGGUCGGAUCGACCCUAAGAUCCAGGCCGACGCUGAGAGGCGGAACCGCCUGCUCGAGAAAGAGGAGAAACGCUACCGGAUCCUCCACAAGAACUGGCGCCGCUCUGAUCAAGCUCCUCCGGCCUCUGUCCCGACCCCGUUACCGACUCCGUCUCCGUCGUUUCAGUCCAAGUCUCCGUCUGCCAAGAAGUCUGUCCGUUUUCAGCUCACGACCGCCCCUGCUACCGACUUCGUCUCCGUCGCCUCGGUCCAAGCCUCCGAAGAUCAAGCCCUGAUUAACGCCCUGGUCUGCCAAGUAGAGUCUCACGAGAGAUUCGAACAGUGGAACGAACUCGAACCGUUGAUGCCCCGGGAUCCAGUCCAGCUCGAGCCAAGCUCCGGCCUUGACCAGACCGUCCCUAGUGCUCGAACCGUUGCUAAAGUCUCCCCGGAUCAGAAGACCUACCAGGGACAAAGCAUUCCGUUCCCUCAGGGAGAAGACCCUGAGCAUGUUGCUUGUAUCGAUGUGAUCCAGGCCUUCCACCGUCUCCGCAUGGACCCUGACUCCGAGUAUUUGACCGCCUUUCGCACCCGUUUCGGAACUUUCCGCUGGAAAGUCCUCCCGUUCGGUCUGAAGGUAGGUCCCGCCUGGUUCCAGCAGUUUAUCAACGCGCAGCUUCACGAUCUCCUCGACCGGUGCGCCAGCGCCUACGCAGAUGACGUCCUGAUCUACUCGGAUAAAGAAGAAGACCACUGGAAAGACUGUCAAGAAGUGAUCUGGCGACUCCAUCAGGCCAACCUCCAGGGAGACAUCAAGAAGUCUAGAUUUAACGUGACCAAGGUUGACUACCUCGGCGUUCUGCUUGAAGCCGGUGUGGGCCUUAGUGUCGACCCUCGGAAAGUUCGAUCGAUACAAGACUGGAAGCUUGAAGACCUCCGAGACCGCACCGCGAUCCGAUCAUUCGUUGGCCUAUGCAAUUUCAUCCGUGUUUUCUGCUACCACGCCUCGGGAGUGGCAGAACCCUUGAACCGGUUGCUUAAGAAGGAUGUUGCCUUUGUGAUGGGCCCGGAGCAACGCGAAGCAUUUGAUCAACUCAAGCGCCUGGCUAUCGAAGCCCCGGUCCUCGCCUUCUUUAGACCAGAACUGCCGACCCGACUGGAGACCGAUGCCUCCCGGAAUGCCACAGCUGGUGUUCUAUGGCAGGAACAGCCUGAUCGGACCUGGAAGCCCGUUGGAUUCUUCUCUAGGACCAUGACCCCGGCCGAGCGAGCCUACCCAAUCCAAGAUCGAGAGCUCCUCGCCGUCGUACAGAGUCUAGAGCACUUCUACCCAGAGCUCUUAGGCCAGAAAUUUGAUGUGAUCACCGACCACGAAGCCUUAGUCCAUUUCUCUACGAAGCGCCUGCUCUCGGUACGACAGAUCAGAUGGUCCGACUUUCUCGCCCAGUUCGACAUCCGUUUCCUCUACCGCCCCGGUCGACUGAACGUAGUCGCCGAUGCCCUCUCAGGAAGACAGCCGAGCUUCCUACCGCUAGGCUUCGCGACCGACUCGCUAGACCCUACGGCCGCCGGCCACCUGCCCCCUCAGAACUUUAGUCCCGAACCUAAGCCUACUAGACCAUUAGUUCUGAGGGCCACGAGUGCCCUACAGACCCCAGAAGACCAAGGGAUACAGCAGACGCCCGAUCAAGACCGCCCAGAACUAGACCCGAACUCGGUCCCGAAGGGAGCCGAACUCGUUUCGUUGAUCCGCCAAGAGAACCUCCUCCAAGACCUCGGCACCCAUGGAACACACCUGAUCGUACCAGCCCAGACCUCAGACAAGCAGACGUUUCUUCAGACCGCGCUCAUUCGCGAAGCCCACGAGCCCCAGAUCUUCGCUCACGCCGGACAGAACAAGGUAAUCAAGCUGCUCCAACGAGACUUCUACUGGCCAAGGAUGAAGGAGGAUAUCCGUCGUUAUAUUCGGAACUGCCACGACUGCCGCCGCAACAAAACCCCUCGAGACAAGACCCCUGGACUGCUCCAUCCACUGCCCGUGCCGACUUCUGUUUGGGAGCACGUCGAAUGUGACGGGAAGGAUAUGCCGAAAGACCGUUACGGAUAUGACUAUGUUUGGACCUUCGUCUGCAAGCUAAGCCGGAUUAUCGCCACGCUCCCAGGAAAGAAAAACGAUACAGCAGAAGUCUUAGCUAGCCGCUACUUCCGCUACCUCUAUCGUUUCUUCGAGAUUAACCGGCUCACGGGAACGAAGCAUCGUCAUGGAAGCUCCCUACACCCUCAGACCCAAGGGGGUGUAGAAGUCACAAAUCAAUACCUGGAUCAAAAGCUACGAUUCUACGUGACGAAGCAUCAAGACAACUGGAGUUCCCUGCUGCCCGCCCUCGACUUCGCCCAUAACUCGUCUUGGCACUCUUCCAUCGACAUGGCACCGUUAAAAGUAGCCCUAGGCCGAGAUAUCCGGAACCCCCUGUCACUGCCCCCGACUGACAAGACCGCUGCCACCGGACCCGCCGCCAGAGCUAGGGAACUUGUGCAAACCGCCCAGGAAACCCAGGAAGACGCCAGGAAUGCUGCCACCGCCGCUCAAGAACGUCAGAAGGAACAGGCUAAUAGGAAACGACGACCAACCGACUUUGCCAUCGGUGACCGAGUUUUUCUCAGCAGGAAAGGCUUCGCCACGAACGCUCCGACUACUCGGCUAGAUAACCAAUGGUCAGGUCCGUUCGUAAUCCUGGAAGAACGCGGUCAUAGCUACGUACUGCAGCUGCCCGAGUCGUACAAAAUGAAGAACCUAUUCCACGCCGACCGUCUUCGAAAAGCAGCCGAUAACCCCUUGCCCCAGCAGAUCCAGACACCUCCGCCACCCGAGGAGAUCAACGGAGAACCCGAGUGGGAGGUUGAUCAAGUCCAGCAGUCUCGAGUAACCGGUAGGAGUCGACGACUGGAAUACCAGGUCUUAUGGAAGGGAUGUGACCUGAUGAGACCUGGUACCCGGCUAGAAUUUCCGUAA